AGCUUCUUCCCCGAGCUAUGGAGUAUUAGGGCGGGCUGGAACGUGGUGCAGCGCUGCUGCCGUGGCAGCCAGCGCCCGGCCUGUGCUGCAGCUCAGGCAUACCGAAACGUCGGCCGCUUCUCGUGUGACAGUGGGACCCUCCACAGCUGCUUUACAAGUGAUGAACCAGAAAGCACACGGUCGCGGGCUGUUGGAGAACUCUUGGCCCCCACUUCUCCUUUCGACAAGAAGUGCGGACGUGAGAACUGGACUGUUGCGUUUGCUCCCGAUGGAUCCUACUUUGCUUGGUCGCAAGGACAUCGUAUAGUGAAGCUGGUCCCCUGGUCCCAGUGCCUUACUAACUUCUUGUUGCACGGCACAAAGAAUGUUGCAAAUUCUGCCAGUACAAGGCUUUCAAGACAGAACAGUGACGGCAGUCAGAGAAAUAAGCCCUGUGAACAUAUAAUAGACUGUGGUGAUAUUGUCUGGAGCCUUGCUUUUGGGUCUUCAGUGCCCGAGAAGCAGAGUCGCUGUGUGAAUAUAGAAUGGCAUCGUUUCAAAUUUGGGCAGGACCAGCUUCUGCUUGCAACAGGCCUGAACAAUGGGCGCAUCAAGAUCUGGGAUGUGUAUACAGGAAAACUCCUCCUUAACCUGAUGGACCAUACAGAAGUUGUCAGAGAUUUAACGUUUGCCCCAGAUGGCAGCCUGAUUUUGGUGUCUGCAUCCAGAGACAAAACAUUGAGAGUGUGGGACCUGAAAGAUGACGGAAAUAUGAUGAAAGUGUUGAAAGGACAUCAGAACUGGGUAUAUGGUUGUGCAUUCUCUCCAGAUUCUUCCAUUCUCUGUUCUGUUGGAGCUAGUAAAGCAGUGGUGGCAGCAAUAUUGGUGUGAUUGAGGUUAAGCUGGCACCACUCACACAGGAGCACAAUGGUGUUAGCUGGGCAGAAAGAGUGGCAUCUCUGGCUACCAGGCUGGGGGCGAACUUUACCAUAGGAUGAAGUAACCUUGCAUUCGACUGCAAGGUGUACUGUACGUACGCAGGUGCUGGUUGAUGUCCACUUUCUGCUUUCUUUCUUUCUUUUUUUUUUCU